CUCUAACGGAUGACAUCCUCGGCAAGCACACGUCUCCACCAGGUUUCAGAAGCAGCCCAUCGCUUAUCGACUCAGCCGCAAAUUCUGUUUCAGCAUCCGGAUAUCUACCGAGGCACUAACCUCUUGCAGGGGGUAUUUGCGGAACGCGACCCGAGCGGGCUGUUGUAAGGCUGUCGUCGAUGAAUUUACCCGGAACCAAUCCCACUCCCUUAGCUCCUCCCAAUUUGUGAUAGGGGCGGCUAACAGGGGUAGGUCAUGUUAUGAUGUUGUUGAUAGGAAAGAAUGCCGGUGUAACUGUUCCAUUUGGAGGCAUCACGGAGGGCGCUCCGUUAAGGAGAGAAAGCAUAUAAUGGACAGGGCGUUCCGUGGGGGUUUGCAGUGUUGUCGUUCCAUAACCACUUGCCCGCUUCGACGUGCAGUCUUGCUUGGAGAUCUGAUUAACAGCCAUGCAUUCUCUCGCCUUCCUGCUCGCUGUCGGCCCGGCGGCUGUGCUUGCCCAAUCCCCUCUAUGGGGCCAGUGCGGCGGUCAAGGCUGGACGGGUCCCACGACUUGCGCUGCCGGCUCGGUAUGCCAGAAGAGCAAUGAUUGGUACUCCCAGUGUGUGCCUGGGACAGCCAGCAGUAGCGCUGCUCCCGCUCCUGCUGAAACAAGCAAGACUACGGGCAGCGCUCCUGCCCCUACCGGCGGCAGUGGUGCUGCAGACGGUCUGAACAAUAAGUUCAAGGCCAAGGGGAAGCUUUACUUCGGCACCGAGAUCGAUCACUACCAUCUCAACAACCAGCCGUUGAUCAGCAUCGUCAAGAAGGACUUUGGACAACUCACUUGCGAGAACAGCAUGAAGUGGGAUGCCAUUGAACCGAACCGCAACCAGUUCAACUUCGCCAACGCCGACGCGGUCGUCAACUUUGCGCAAGCCAACGGCAAGCUCAUGCGCGGACACACGCUCCUGUGGCACUCGCAGCUGCCGCAGUGGGUGCAGAACAUCAACGACCGCAACACGCUGACGCAGGUGAUCCAGAACCACGUCACGACCAUGGUGACGCGAUACAAGGGCAAGAUCCUGCAGUGGGACGUGGUCAACGAGAUCUUCGCCGAGGACGGGUCGCUGCGCGACAGCGUCUUCAGCCGCGUGCUGGGCGAGGACUUUGUGGGCAUCGCCUUCCGCGCCGCGCGGGCCGCCGACCCGGCCGCCAAGCUGUACAUCAACGACUUCAACCUCGACAUCGCCAACUACGCCAAGCUGACGCGCGGCAUGGUCGAGCACGUCAACAAGUGGGUCGCCCAGGGCAUCCCCAUUGACGGCAUCGGCUCGCAGUCGCACCUGGCCGCCCCGGGCGGAUGGAACGCCGCCUCGGGCGCCCCCGCCGCGCUCAAGGCCCUCGCCGCCGCCAACGUCAAGGAGAUCGCCAUCACCGAGCUCGACAUCGCCGGCGCCGCGGCCAAUGACUACACCACUGUCGUGAACGCUUGCCUGCAGAUCCAGAAGUGCGUCGGCAUCACCGUCUGGGGCGUGUCGGACAAGGACAGCUGGAGGUCGAGCGAGAACCCGCUUCUCUUCGACCGCAACUACCAGCCGAAGGCGGCGUACAAUGCCCUCUCCAAUGCCUUGUAAGAGAGGCCGGUUAUUCUUACUAGCAUUGUCCGUGACGGUGGACAGCCCCUAAUCCAAGAGGGCCGUGGGUCGAGGGUAUAUAGGUACCAAGUUUAUCAGCUUCUUCUAGUAGAUACUUUGUCGCGGUCUAUACAUGUUAUAUUUUGCCUAUACACCUUCCCUGUCCGCUCAAAAGGGUCCAGAACUGGUCGCUCUAAGGACAAGAAACCGCCCCUUUGAACAACAACGAAGACAAGAAAGAUGUCGCUAUUGUGGGGAGGCCGAAAGCGCGAAUCUAAACCGAGUAAUUCGCUUUUCAUUUGGGUCAGCUUGCUGACUCAGCAGAGCAUUGAUCACGUGCUAGAACCGUUAUUUAUAAUUGAAACGGUAGG